ACUAUUCUAAUCAAAGCUACUACCUGAAAUGGUUCAUUUCUAUGUUUUAUAAACUUUAAGGUGCUCAAGAAAACAAAAAAGUUAUUUAAGGUGUCAAAAUAUGAAAAUCCAUAAAAGCUCCUACACUCUUUGACUCUAUUUUCUCGCAGUUCUAGAGAAUCUAAGAAAAGAGGAAGGAGAAGAUGAUGCGAACGAGGUUGCUAUGGUUCACAAUAGGUCUCACUUCCGUUUCAGCUACAAUGACUCACUUCAUAUUCAAAGAUCUAUGGGCUGAUCGACUCUCUCUUUCUUCCCAAUUGAAGGAGAAAUUUAGCGUCUUGGAGACUAGGGUUUCCAGUCUUGAAGUGCUUCGUGAUAGUCCCAAUCCUCAGCAGGUAGAUCCAAACAAACUGAAGGUUUGCAGUUUGGCAACCCAAGAUUGAUGCCAAACUCUACAAAUCAUGGACUGAGUUGACUGGAAGAAGCUCGCUCUUGGACUAAUUGACAUGAUGAAGGGAACUAAAUCACUAACUAAAGCGCCAUCUUCAGAUCGUUGCAUCUACAUGGCUGGACGCUGUUUCUUGAUUAUGUUCCCUUGUGAUGCCUGAUAUCUGCAAGAUAAUCUGUAAUAGAGAACAUGAAAUUUGAUAUUUUCAUUUGGUGGUACAAAUUUGUAGUCUCGCAAUCCAGUUGCAGUCAAGCACUCUCCUCCUCCCAAAUCCACCAAAAGAACAAAAGAAUAGAAGUAUCUCUGAUCAAUUGAAGAGGUGUUCCCUCAAGUUUAAUUAUAUUAUAAUAUAACAUGAUAUCCUCUGAAGAUUUUAACAUGCUUUUGAACAGAGGCAGAGUCGGGAUUUGAAACUUAUGGAUUCAAUAUUCUAAUUCUUUUAAGUUACUGAGUUCUAAAUUAAUAAUUUCUGUAUAAUUCAAUAAUUUUUUUAAGACAAAUGGGAUUGGACAAAAGUUAUUGGGUUUAGCCGAACCCGUAUCUGAAGGGCUAGCUCUGCCCCUGCUUCUGAA